UAGCAACGAACAACGAUCUCCUGCUAGCAGCUAGAGACAAACGUUCGCAGUGGAACCUUACAAGGCAGGCGCCGUGUUUCCGGGGGAAGACAUUUAUCGAGCACCGCCCACGAGUGUCUCCUCGCUUUUGGCCUCGGUUGUUUUCGUUCUUAGGAUUCCUGCUCUUCCCCGGCAGCCUGAGGUGGCUUUUGUUGCCAUGGUGGGCAAAGUGCUGAAGCGGCCGCGUUUGCAUCAGGUGGCGCCGAAACUAGCAAAGCCACGACAGGGUUUAGCCGAGGAGGAGCUCUCGGUUAAUGCCUGGGCGCUUCCUGCGAAGGACCAGCCAUUUUGUACCUCAAACAUCUUUGCUGGCGUGAAGAUUGACCCCAAAACACUGGUAAAGAAGUUAGACACAGAUUCAAGAAGCAUUGCUUCCAUCACAAAAGGUGAAGAAGAAAAGCCACUUUUGUCAAAGAAAGAGAAAAUGAAGCUGCGAAAGGACAGAUGGCUGCAGAAAAUUGAAGGUAUUAAGCUAGCAAAGCAACGAGAAAAAGCAGAAGCAAAGCGAAAAGCUACCCCAGUUGUUGGUGACUUGCAUCCACUGAUGGAGGCUCUACCUGAGCUCUCAGAUCUGGUAACAGUCAGCAAAUUCUGCAAACAGCCUAAGACCCAGGGGAUGAAAACGGUACAAAAGAACUUCAGUCAGAUGAAAUCAGCCCAGAAACGAAAACUCUUAGAGGCCGAAGUAGCCCAGUUUCACAAGACAAUAUUGGAUCCUUUGUUCAAAGCCAACCCUCUUGCAAUCAUUGGCGAGAAUCUUUCUAAAAGACUGAAAGAGGAGAAGGAGGGGGAACCACUCUAAUGUCAUCCCUGGGACAACUUGAGAGCACGAGAGAUUGGAUUCUCGCAAGCAUACCACAUGGUGACCUUACAUGCCCAGUAGGCCAGCAUAACUUUCAAGAGUCCACAGGAUUAUGACAUCCAGUGACCUUGUUUUCUGUCAACAGAAAUUAUGCUGCCAACACAGGCGAUUAUACUGCUAGUACUAGCUACAACCUUGGCUACUGUUUCGUUAGAAGCUCUUGGGGAGCUCUGGGACUGUUUUCAUUUCCUGCUCAGUGUUAAAUCACAGACCAGCUGUUGUUGCUAUUCUUUCUCUGUUGUUCCUAUAAAGCAAAGCCUAAACCACCAUCCUCCCCACUAGGAACCAUGUAGUAUUUGUAGAAUUCCCUUGAGAUACAUUCAUGCUUACAAAAAGGUGAAAGCUGCUGCUUUUCUCUGUUUUUCAUGGAAAAAUUAAAAUAAAUAUUUAUGUUCUUAAA